GCGGUGCGGCAGGCCUUCCCAGUGAUGGCGCAGCAGGAGGGGCGGAGCUCCAGCUUGUAGUACGUGUGCCUCCUCACAGUGAGAGAGCUAGCUUUACAGCUGACAAGAAGCCGAAAUUAUGGUGUUACUCGAAAAUGAUUCGUUCCUCACAGAGCUCACUCGGCUCUUCCAGAAGUGCCGGACAUCGGGGAGUGUUGUCAUCACGCUAAAGAAGUACGACGGCAGAACUAAACCGGUGCCCAAAAAAGGCCACCCGGAGUCCUUUGAACCGGCGGAUAACAAGUGUCUCAUCCGAGCCUCUGAUGGCAAGAAGAAAAUUAGCACAGUGGUCAGCACCAAAGAAGUAAUCAAGUUUCAGAUGGCAUACUCCAACCUCCUAAGAGCUCACAUAGAUGGUCUUAAGAAGAAAGAUAAGAAAAGCAAGAGCAAGAAAACCAAAGCCACAUAAUAAAUGUUGGACUCUUUACGAAAGCAGUGGAUAUCUGAGCUGUCCAUUACAGUUUGAGGGUACGGGAGGGGUCACCUGGCGAUGAUGCGAUCUCCAGCCCCCAUUCAACUCUCCUCCUGCUCACCUGAAGCCUCAGAAUCAUCCUACUGGCGACUGUGUUGAUACGAUGCCAUUGUUUACAUGGUGAUGCUUUAUCCCUGGCUGAUCAGUGCCAUAGGGUGAUUAAGAACAAAACAUGAGGAUUUUUUAUUUUAUUUUCUUGUACAAUAUAGGGGAUGCCACCAUUUAUUGAGUCUGUACAUUUUUAAGUUGCCUGCCUCCCCUGGGGCCAACCCCACAGAGCCCAAUCAUUACCGGCAUUUGACUUUGCUCAUUAAUCCUUAUUUAUGUUGUCAAGGGUUGGCAUUUUUAAUUGAGUAAGUGAUUGCACAUAAAUCGAGCUGAAUCCAUUUGAUUGCUCAACAUAAUUUAUGUUUAGGUUUCAUUUUCAGAACAAUGACUAACACUUGUCCCCCUUUCUAUUUACGUGGCUAGACGAGGCCAAACCAAUCAAACAGGAUUUCUAUUGUCCCUCCGUGUUCUCUGGUCCUGGAAUCAGAAUUUAAGUUCAGAAAUAAAGUUUUUCGUUAAAAAGC